CGUAAAUGUCAUCAAUACUCUUGGCUCGGAUAGAAUCGCACCUUCCUGAAGACAAUCGUCCCGCGCGAGGCCAUGACAACAGCAUGUGUAGCAACAGGACGUGCUUCACCACAUGUAACCUCAGCCGGGCGUUAUGAGAGACUCCAAGAGUCUGGAGGCCUGACGAGAUAGCUAUAAAAACAGACUGAUGUCCUGCAGUGCCAGUCUGCAUCUUCUCUCAUCAGCAGCUCUCUCUAUCAACUACAGCGAGUACCCUACGGACACGAGUCUCUAUCUAUACAUCCCGAUAGCCUCUCCAAAAUGAAGAGCUUCACCCUCGUCUCCUUCGCGGCGGGUCUUGGGCUCGUAAAUUGCCAAGCGGUUUUAUGCAAUGGCGCGUUUAGGCCCAGCUACGAGGAUUGUGAUGAGACCGUAAAGUUUUUCAACCUAGAGGGAAGCACUCACAUCACCCAUACCAACGGCGAGCUUAACCCUGCGCCAUCUUGCUAUCACUGGUGGUGGGACGGCGGAAACUGCCUCAUCUCCCACUGCUUCCAAGAAUCAGGGACUGACGACCCAAACAACCCUCGCACCAUUACAGAUGGUCAGGUUCACCAGCUCUAUACAAGUGUGAGGGACAGAUGCAUGCCCUUCCUUUCCGGAGGCAAGUUCACUGGUGCCUUGGAGUUUCUGGAGGUCACCAACGAUGAGGGAGGUGAUGGUCCCCCGACUAAGCGCGCGAUGAAACGAGCAGAGUUUCCGGGCCUCAACGUGGAAACCUUUGCCAAUGGCAUGAACAGUGGCCACUCUAGUCUGGAGGAUUACCUUGAGUGGCGCAACGACACCAUGAGCGGCAGCGACACUGCUGGAAUUGCUAAGCGCCAGAGUGAGGAUGACAGCUGGGACGUCAGCUUCACGGCGCUCAACGUCCGCAACCCUGAUGUCUUCACACUUGGUUUGCGCCUCGACAGCAAAGUCGGCUACUCAUACGAAGUUUCUGAAAGCCAGACCUACAGCGUUACAACGUCAGUGAGCAUGGGAGGCGCUAUAGAAGCUUUCUCUGCAAGCGUCGGUGUGGAAGUCAGCCAGUCGGAGACGUUUACUGUCACUGAAGGAAUUACGUUUGACGUCGACUGCCCGAAACAGGGUCAAAUCACCUUCUGGCCUCUCUACAACUACUAUGAGGUCAAGGGACAUCCUAGUGAGAAGGAAUACGAGAUCUGGCUCCCCGUCCUUACCCCCGAUAGGAAAAUCAAUGGCGAGAUUGCUGUUUCCUGCCUAGGUUAG